GGCGAGUUCAUUCUCAAAUUCAGGGCAGUGUUGCCGCGUUGGCGACCUCAGUCUGUGUUUUCUCAUGCUGGUGGACGCAUAGGAGACAUCUGUCCUGGAAACCCUAGUAACCGGAGGCCAAGUAUAUAAUAUCAGCCAAUCUGGAUUCUCAGGGCGCAGCAGUGAUGGCUGCCAGGUUCAGGAAGGUGUCGAGGAUCGGACGAGGAACAUUCGGCGAGGCCUGGCUGGUCACCAGUAAAUGUUCCGGUAGGAGGUAUGUUGUGAAAGAGGUACGGGUGGAGGACAUGUCUAGAGACGAACUGGAGAAGACCUGGACAGAGGUGGCCAUCCUGGCCCGGUGUAAACACUCCAGUAUCAUCCGCUAUAAGGAAUACUUCAUGCUGGAGGGCCCGGCCACAAUGUGUCUUGUCAUGGAGUACGCAGACGGAGGAGACUUGUCGCUGCGUGUGAAGGCGGCGAGGAGGAAGGGGGAGAUGCUGGACGAACAUUCAAUUCUAUACUGGUUCGUGCAGGUCAUUUUCGCCGUCCAGUACCUUCACGUCAACAACAUCCUCCACAGAGAUUUAAAGACGCAAAAUAUAUUCCUGACGAAGAGCAAUUUGGUGAAGGUUGGGGACUUCGGCAUAGCGAGGUUCCUGAGAGGCAGACAAGACCUGGCUACGACGGCCGUGGGCACACCUUACUAUCUCUCUCCUGAGAUAUGCCAGCGGCAGCCGUAUAACCAAAAAUCUGACAUGUGGGCGGUGGGCUGCGUGUUGUACGAGCUCGGCGCCCUCAGACACCCAUUUGAAUCUAACUGUUUUGAGGACCUCGUGAUGAAGAUCCUCAGAGGCAGCUACCGACCCUUGCCUCAGAAGUUCUCUAGCCUAGUGCAAGACCUGGUGCAGGUGAUGCUGCGGACCCAGCCCCAGCGGCGCCCCUCGGCCGACGCCCUCCUGGUGCUGCCCGCUCUCAAGCCUUAUGUCGAGAACUACCUCAAGCACGAGGAGUUGAUCUCCCAGUGCUCCAGGCCUCACUGUGGGAGCGGUGGCACUGAGGAAAACAAUAAGGACACUCUCAGAAGACAGAAACUGUCUUGCAUCAUUCCCAGGGUCCAGGCACUCAAGAAGAGACCGCGGGAGGGUCAUGGCAGUGUUGACCUCGGCCUCCUCUGCCCCCGUCAGGAGGCAACACCAAAUGAAGAUGCUGAAAAUUUUGCUGCUGCUGCUGCGGCGUGCAUUGUACGACCACGUUGUGCCUCUGACUCGGCUGUGGGGCGGGAUCCCCCCACACCCACACCGACCACCGUGGCCAAGUGUGUGCCAAAGCUGGGAUUAGAGGGUGACCACGUCUUCCUGACUCCCCAAAGAAUUUUACCCCGAAAUAAAGUUAAAAAGAGAGUGGACACACCUGUGCCUAAGGGAAACGGAAGGGACUACUACCCUUCCUGCCUGCAGCCAGAGGAACUCAACCAGCAGCAGGUGGUGGUACAGCAGCAAGAAAAUCAGCAGCAGCAGCAGGUGGUGGUACAGCAGCAAGAAAAUCGGCAGGUGGUGGUGCAGCUGCAGCUAGAGAGCGAGAGGGGGGAGGAACAACAUUCCUACGAAAGGCGGGACAGCCUAGCAUGCCUGCAGAACAUUCCCUCUGAAGGUGAAUGGGUUGGUGGUGGAGACGGCGUGCCAAAGUGUUCUCGUGUAGGUUUCGGCGUCACCUACGUGGUGAAGAGGUCCUGUGAAGCAGAGCCCUGCCAGUGAGGCAACACUGAAGGGUCACUUUCUGCACUGCUCACUGUGUCACGGCUUUAAACACUAAUAGUCAAAUUUCAAUGGGAUGAAAGUUAAUUUUUAUAUGCCUGCUGUUCAGACAUUUUUAUUUAUGAAAGGUUUUACGAAGUUUUUUAAUGUUAAUUUUAUCCUAAUUUACAUAUUUUAUCUAUACAUGUUAAGUAGGCUAUUGUAAGCACUCUUGACGUGUCGGUCAUGUGUAUACCCAUGUGUCUUAAUUCCCUUAAGGCAAAUAAACAGUUUGAUGAUUAAUAAACUACUACUCAAUG